AUGUCUUACUCCUACCUAGCUGAUUCCACCUACGGGAAAGAUAAUGUCAAGUUCUUGAAAGUUAAGAAGGACAAGCAGAACAAUAAGUUCCAUGAAGUAAUGGAGGCCACCGUGUGUGUGUUGCUUAAGGGUGACUUUGACGUUUCGUACACCGAGGCCGACAAUGCGCCUAUUGUUCCAACCGACACGGUUAAAAACACGAUCUUGAUAUUGGCCAAGAAAUACGACACUUUCCCCCUUGAAAAAUUCGCUGCGAGAUUGGCUCUUCACUUCACCUCCAAAUAUGAACAUGUGUCAGGAUUAACCAUUAAGAUUACUCAAGAUCGUUGGGUCAAAUACGACGUUGACGGUAAAACCUCUCAACACUCGUUUGUGCAUCAGGGCCCUGAGAAAAAGGUCGUCUUUUUGGAUUAUGAUAAGAAAAAUGGCCCUAGAGACUACACCUUGACUACUUCCAUCAAGGAUCUCACGGUCUUGAAGUCUACAAACUCCAUGUUUUACGGAUACAACGUGUGUGACUACACGACAUUGAAACCAACAACCGAUCGUGUCUUAUCGACAGAUAUUUUCGCUACCCUAGACUGGUGUAACAAGAAACUUGGCUGCCUAAACAGCGUGGCGUCAGGCGCGAAGGACUCAAUUUUCAACAACGCUUACGUUAACGCGCGCGAUAUUACUCUCGAUAUCUUUGCUAAGGAAAACUCACCAUCCGUGCAGGCCACGAUGUUUAAUAUGGCAACAGCCAUCUUGAAAGAUGUUCCCCAAGUGGCCUACGUCUCUUACGAAUUACCAAACAAACACUACUUUUUGUUUGACCUGAAAUGGUUCGAAGGGCUCGAAAACGACAACGAGCUGUUCUACCCUUCGCCACAUCCUAACGGUUUGAUCAAGUGUAAGGUGGGUCGCAACCAAGCCAAACUUUGA